AAUUUCUUGGUUUAUUUUUGCAUUUCAGGUAGCAGCAUUGAUUCUAGAAAACACUUUCACAUCUAUUCUGGACAUGGCUGGAGUUCUGUUGCCUUUCCUGAAGUGGUUUAUUGGAGGCCCUGGGUCGAAAGGUCCUAAAAUUCUGAAUUUUCUCGUUCGCUCUCCAUGGAGUACCAUUGCCAUUGUUGGCCAGAUUGAGCAGCCAAUUCUUUUUCUGUCUGGAUUACAAGACGAGAUGGAAAUUAUUUUUGGCAAUUAUGCUUCUUGAAGAUGCAUGAUGUUGUUCUAAUUUGAAUUGUAAAACUGUUUUUAAAAGAGACUUGGUUAGCUUUUUACCUGUGCGGGUAUUCAAAUGCAUACCAUCUCAAUAGAACUCGAGAAGAAGCUAUGGAAAGCUUCUUUGUUUUUCCUCUUCUGCAAUUAUGCUUCUUAGAGAUGCACGUAAUAUUAUUUUUGUUAAUGUACUGUUGUUAAAAGUCAAAAAGUGAAUGAGUAGCUGACUUGUUUUUAGUGAUGAGUGCUUGCUUAGUGCUUUGUUUCUAUGUUAUAUGAUUGACGGUAUGCCUUUCAGAGAAGGAGAAUCUUUGCUUGUAUGGAUUCCCCAAUGAACAGUGGGAAGUUAAUUUACCUGCUGAGGAAGUACCACCAGAGCUGCCAGAGCCAGCAUUGGGCAUUAACUUUGCAAGAGAUGGGAUGCAGGAAAAGGACUGGUUGUCUCUUGUUGCUGUUCACAGCGAUGCAUGGUUACUAUCAGUGGCCUUCUAUUUUGGUGCUAGGUUUGGUUUUGAUAAAGCCGACAGGUAUACAUUUUCCCUCACUUGUUGCAUUGUCAUGGAGCCGCAUCUUCUUUUGUUUGUAUGAUAUGCAGGAGAUAUGCUGUAUAUUCUAUAUGCAAUACAUUUUGUUGUAGAUUGUCGAGGCAAAAGGGGUGGGUGAAGGUGAAGCUUCUCUAUAGAUCUUACAUCCAGAACCUGGAUACACAAUAGGCUUUGUUGUGGAUCUGUGGUAAAUAUGAUGGGUGAAGCUAUUCAAAAAAUUACAUUUACAACAUACCAAUCUAGGGAAAAAGAAUUAAAAAAAAAAAAAUGAAGAAAUGGGCAUGUGAUAAAAGUUUUGGAGUUGAUAUCUCUUCCUCAAGUUUCAUCUUGUGUAAUCAUUUCAGGUGGAACAAAUGUAUUAGCAUUUCUAUGGUUAUGAAAUUGAUGGGGCCUGGCAUCAAUGCUGUAUUUAUUACUUUAUGCUAGAGGAAAUAGGAACUUGCAAUUUCAUACUUGGUAUGACGCUUGUAUAUGGGCAUUGAUAUCUAGAUAUCGAAUGAAAUAUAGUAAAUGUGUUGUCUUGAAUUUUUAAAGACUGGAAAAACUGAAGAACUCAUGGAAUUUUCAUUGAUGAUAGGGGCUGAUGAAGUCUGUCACUUUUGAUUUAUUAGUGUGCACUUAUUACUGUCUAAUUUAUGGGGGUUGAAAACCUUUUAUUGCGUUGCAUGUAAUUUCGUUGCAGGAAACGCCUGCCCACCUCCGCCUCACCUACGAGGAUGUUUGGCUCCGAUCCUCUGAUGGGGUCAACCUCCAUGCCUGGUUCAUCAAGCUCUUGCCCGAUUGCCGAGGUCAC